AUGAUGAACCUAUAUGGAGUAGGCAUGAUAAACCUGUACGAUAAACCUAUAUGCAGUAGGUAUGAUAAACCUGUAUGGAAUAGGUAUGAUAAACCUAUCUGGAAUAGGGGCGCCGGCCGAUGGCGAUCGUCGGCGUCUUCUUCCUCUUCUGGUUCGAUUGGUAGCAAGCAUAAAAAGUGGAAUGAUUGGGGGUUCUCCGAUGGUGCUCGACGAAUCAAAGGGAGGGGCUGCGAAGAUCGAUUGAAGGAGAUUGCGAGCUUGCUUUCCGGCGAACCCUUCUCGUUCCCAGCAGCUCGUCACCGGCAACAAUCCGUCAGAAGAGCGACAACAUCAUCAGUCGCCGUGAAUGGGGGUUCAACAGUUUCGAUUUGUGGGAGGAAAGGAAGAGGAUGGUGGGUUAGGGUGGUGCUUCAUCUACCGGAGGGGAGAAGAGGCUCCGAUGGCCAUUCAGGUUCCUCCUUCGUGAUUUCAUCGUCUCCAGUCAAAGAUCGAGGAAAGUGA